UCCGGCCGUCGCGCUACAACUUUUCAGUCGGUCUCAGGCAGUCACGGCGUAAACCUCAAAAUGUGCGGUUCGAUAGUUGAAAUUUGGUUUAUUUAGAGUUUUUUGGACAUACUGUUUGGGACAGAAAAGAGUUGAAAUUGCACCCCCACUUUCGUGAUCCGGACGUACAGGUUCCGAAACGUCGCUGAAGUGAUUCAAUAGAUGAUGAUCUGUUUUCGCUGAUCGAGGUUCGAAUGCAGUUAACUCGACGAAUAACGAGAGCAAAACACAGAAUCCUGCGAAGAUCAUAGUUGGAUGAGCUACCGCAAACGGAAGAGGAGAAAAUUUUUAAAACGUUUUGGCUACCAAAAAAUAAAAAGUUUAAUUUUAACCGACAAAGUGUUUCGAGGUACGAGAAAAAAGUGCAAUUUUAGUUUAUUCUCAACCAACUUGUUGUGAAAGUGAGUUAAGUUCUAGGAAAGCAAAAAGCAAAGCAAGCAAUCCGGUUACACAUUUCUCGAGAAACGGUUCGGAACCCGGUAAUUUUUUAGCAUCGCACAACAAAAGAGGUCCUCGUCAGAAAGCCGGGAAUCACGCUUGGAAAUUCCCUUUGCCUGGCAAACCGGGACCCUUUCCCACACAACACCAUCAGCGUCAUCACACGUGAACCGAUGCAUGAUCUAAUUUAUUGUACCACUCCGAGGCAUUGAAAGUUCAAAGGACACACAAAGCACAGGUUUCCGUUCUUUCAUCCAGUCAAGGAAAGGUAUCCCGGCGAUAGCUACCUGUGAACCUUCACAGUAAUCGUAAAAGCGUUUCCACCCCUUGAACGCCACAGCUCAGGACGACGUAAACAACAACCCGUAAACAGAAGAAGGACCCGACAAGAGGACGACUAAAGCAAAAAAAAAGUAAAAUAAACAUUUAUCACCCUCUUACGUAUGAUUUUACGCUCCGCGUCUGUGGGAACUCCUGGUGCCCGUGGAAGAAUACCGUCAAGACCAUGCCCACUGGUAUCGUCAAUCUUCGCAGUAGCUUCCAGAUUGCCAGACCCGGGAUCGGUGAUGAUCGAUUAACCUAAACGGAGACCGUGGCCUGCAUGUUUCAGUUACUGGUGACCGAACCUUUCGGAUCGUUCAAAAUUGUCGCUUUUCGGACUGAAGUUUUUCGGUGAUUACGGAAAAAAAUAGAAACUGAAAAAAUUUAACUUUUCGGAUAAAAGUGAAGAAGUGAUUAAAGUAUAGAAAAUAUUAGUUUGUAUUUUUUUUCUUAUCUGUGAGUCAAAAUAGUUGAAGGUGUGACAGAAAUAACAAAAUUACUUCGAAUCAGCUUUACAUUUCGGAUUGUAGAAGGAGCACACUUUUUGGGAAGCUGAAGUGUCAGACAAAAUUGUGAAUAUUUAUGUUUAGUGUCAAGGAUAUAUAUUCAGCAGAAAAAAAAUCGUAGAACAAAAUUACAUUUACUAGAUUUGUUUGUGUGCAAACGGCGGAAAAAAACAAACGGUGUCUGAAAUUGAAUAAAAGAAAUAUUUGUGAGAUUUUUGUGUGGAUCACUCUGCCCGCUAACCAGUUAUCAUCAAACCGGAUUUUAAAACCGUAUACCUUCCCAGCACAGGAAGUACUGCAAAAAAGAUAAAUAGACGACCCAUCUUCAUCAAGGACAACUGAAGACCCACCAAACGACCACCAGACGGGGUACGGAUGUGAGUAGAAUCCAUCUGCAGAGCGAAACCAAACCAGUUGCUCUCCGGUCCGGAGAGUGGCAUGAAAGAAAAAUUUGAAAUAAUGGCCGACCAAGAGCACUACAGCCUUCGGUGGAACAACCACCAGAAUCAUAUUCUCCGAGCGUUCGAUACCCUACUGCAAACCAAGACACUCGUCGAUGUCACGUUGGUCUGUGCCGAAACGAGUAUCCGGGCACACAAAGUCGUCCUGUCCGCCUGCUCGCCCUUCUUCCAACGAGUAUUCUCCGAAACGCCCUGCAAACAUCCUGUGAUAGUGCUGAAAGACUUCCGAGGAUGGGUUGUGCAAGCGAUCGUGGAUUUUAUGUACCGUGGUGAAAUCAGUGUCCCACAGGAACGGUUAUCGGUACUAAUACAGGCCGGUGAAUCGCUGCAGGUACGUGGGCUGGUCGAUCACCCGGUAGCGGGAAACACGCCAACUCCAGCACAGUCCCCAGAAGACUUCAGCCUGUUGGAUUCAUCGCUGAUAUCUCCGACAUCACCGUCGCUACCAUCGCCAAACUUCAACCACCACCACGCUAGACAUUCGCAUCAGAACUCAGCCGCACCGAGCAUUUUGGGUUCCAGUACUCCAAAGCUACUGCUGCCACCGCAGGUGUUUGCCGAUCCCGCUCUGAACCUGCCGAAUCCGGACAUCUGUACUUCUCCUAUGCCACGGAGAAAGCAAGCCCGUCCACGAAGACGAUCCGGUGAUUGUGCCCCCCAGGAUCUCAGCAGUAAACCUGCCACUCCGGUACCCCACAGUGUGGACGGUAAGGAGGACGCAGACAACGAAAUUGAACGCGAAGAUGACGAAGAGCUUGAAGACGAGGACGAUGAUAUUAAGGAAAUUUUGCGAAGAAGUGAAAGUGAAGACCGAAAGGAAACGAGACCCCAAAAGAAUACGAGUAAUAGUGAAAACAACGAAAAUGACAGUAAAAAUAAUUCGGCGGCGUCGACGGCUACCUUGCCAGGAUUGGACGGACCGGAGAAUCUCUGCAUGAAAAAAUCCUCGGCGACGGCUUCGAACAGUAGCUCCAGUAAUCUAACAAAUAGCAGUCUCAACAACAGCGGCUCCAACAAAGACUCUCGGCUAUCGGAUGUACCGAACAUGAAAGAUAGUCCCCCGGAAUCCACCAUCGGUCGGCUCUCGCUGAAAGACAUCCGACAUCUGAAUCGCUCCUCGCUGGUGCGCUCGUUGAGUUCCCUCUCGCCUCCACCCUCGUUUCACCUAAACAACAACCCACCCAUGUCACAUGCCGAAAAACGCGUCAAACUGGAAGAUCGUGACGAUGACCGCCUCGGUGACGACGAAGGAUCCCAUUUUUUAGACCACAUGGAUCUUGCUCUGGCCUCCCACCAGCACCAGCUUGCACAUCUCGCACAUCAUCACUCCUCACCACAGCUGCGACCACCGGGUCUUACCCCGGAUGGGGAUAACAACAAUAGCAGCAGUAGCAAAAAUAAUAACAACAACAACAACAGCAGCAGCUCCGGUUCGGGAAACGGUUCCAAUGGCCGCGAACACGGACUCCCGUCCGGCGGCAGUCUCGGAAAGGAUCGUUCCCAUGGCCCGAAGGAUUUUCUGCACAGCCCAACGUUGAACUUCCCGCCGUUCUUCAGUCAAUCGGAUGGGCCACCGAGGCCGCCGCACUCGCCGCUGUCCUUCCCGCACAUGGCGUCGGUUUCGUCGCUGACGCUGACACCACCGCACAUGUUCGGUUUGGACUCCCCGCUCGGCCUUUUUCCACCGGGUAUGGAUCCGGGCAAAAUAUACAGCCCCCUGAUGGAGAUGUCCGACCCGCGAGGAAUGCAUCACGAUGGACCACCCUUUCUGAAAAAGAAACUGAAUCGACCGAAAGGACAGCACUCGGCUCCACGCGGAGGUCCACCCCGAUCAUGGACGAACGCGGAACUAACGGAAGCCCUGCAGCAUGUGUGGAACAAAAAAAUGACCACCAGCCAGGCAUCGCGGAUCUUUGGCAUCCCGUACAAUUCCCUGCUGAUGUACGUCCGGGGCAAAUAUGGCAAGAGCUUGAAACUGGAGCAGCUGCGGAAGGAUUGCAUAAGCGGUCCACCGAUUGAACUGCUUCAGAUGGGCAUGAACAAUAACAACAACAAAGAUAAAAAGGAUGGUUCCGAUAAGGAUAUGCCUCACCAUCCGGGUAACGGUGGACCGAACGAGGGACGAACCGGUGGUGGAUCGGAUCAGCGUGGACCUCGCUCGGCGUCUUCGGAGCCGGACCUCCUGGGAAGCCCUAAUCCCCUGUUCAACCCGUUCCCGCCGGGAUUCUAUCCCGAUUUCCCCGGUGGUUUUCCUGGUCUCCCGCUGAGUAUGCUGAAUCUGCUGCCACCGGACCGACAUGGGCCACAUCAUCAGCUGGCGAUGGGCAUCGACGAGGACUGCAAAAGUGACCGAUCCAAGCAGUCCAUGGAUGAUGACUACCCGCAGCCACUGGCACUGAACCGAUCGUCCAUUUCCGGGUCUGACCGGACUGAUAGUGGACCGGGUGGUCAUCCGGGCGACAGUCGAAGGGAAAUCUACCACCAGAACGGACAGGACUAAUAUUUAUACUUUCUUGACCGCCUCAAGGCAAUGCCACGGUAUCCCAAGUGGGUAGGUUGAGAAAGUGCGGGAAACGAGCGAGUGUAAGGUAAAACCGAAAUAAUGAACAACUGCGAGAGAAUGGAAGUGAAAGAGCGUAAGCAAUUCAAAAACUAUCUUCGGCUGUGUGAUAUUGACGAGAAGAAAAAAACAAAAGACGAACACGUCAAGCGGCGACUCGGUUGGCGUCUCGGCUAACGAUAGCCGCUGUUCGUCGAUAAAGCUUCGUUCGGCGGCUGCAAAAAGCUUCACCACCUAACGAAACGAAAGCUAGAUGAACCGAGCAACAAACGAACGUGAUAGUGUUAGGGUUUUUAUUUGAACGAUUCCUAAAUAUGUUUGUUUUAUAUUUUGAGUAUAUUAGUUGAAUCAUUAUUUAAAGCAAUGUUAUAGUAGAACAAAUGCAAUAUUUUAUUUUAACGCAAAUUCUAUCCUACUAAGUUGAAAACUAUUUUAUUUUCUGAUAAGCUUCUAAUAAGUAGCACACACGCAAACAAAUUCGGGGCAAUAUUUAUAUUUGAAAAUUGAUAAGACGACGAGAGUGUGAAUACAAUUAGAAUCACAGCAAUUAGUUUAUGAUAAGUUUUUUUUCCGGAACACGACGCGAAUUAGUUCUGCGAGAUGGUGCUUUAUGGGAUACAAAUUAGGUUUUUUUUCCAUUCUACUUGCGAGAGCCAAACGAAUGCAAAUGAUACAAACUCAGCUAAACUGACCGAGCGAGAUGUUAUGAUUUUUCUUCAGCAAAAACAAAACUGUGCAGUCCUUCAGAUGGAAUACAAACAAAACAAUAGAACUACUAAUUAAGAGAUGAACAAACGUGCUUCCUGAGUAUAUAAGUUAAAGUAUAAGUUUUAAAAUCCAUUUACAGUGAACUAAGCAGAAUGCAACACAACAGAUCUAAGUGAGUAUACAGCAAAACAGAAAAAAAUAGAGGUGGUAAACAGACACAUAAAUACUACUACAAUAGCUAAUUUAUUUAUAAAUCAUAACUAAGUGAAUCAUAGUGCUGUUAUCGCGAGAGCAGUUAUGCACACAGUAUUUUAUUUUGAGUAGUAUAAUUUCUAUUUUUGUUAAAGCUAGACUUUAUUUUACCGGCAAUCCACGCCCCUCUCCUUCUAAUAGUUAUUUAGUAUUAUUUUCGGUCUACACAUACAAACUCUAGAAUGGUAUUUUUUAUAUAUAUGUUGUAUAUUUUAGUUUUCCGCACACCAGCGUACUUCCAAGAAGAAGCAACGGGAACCAACAAACGAUACAGUAUUAAUCAAAUAAAUACAGCAAUUUUUACAUGAAAUUAUUUUCUUUUUCUGUUUUAUUUCUAUUUUAUUUCACGAUCCCACACGUACACCCAACAGCCAGAAUCAAUGAAAGACUGAACAAGCCCUGUUUUUGUUCCGUUAUUUCGUUAAGUAAGAUUGACACAUCCAAACAGCCAAGCGUAAGUUGAAAGGCCAAUCUUAAAACUUUAUUUUUUUAUGUAUUCAAUACCAACCAGAACAACAAACGGAGUAAAAACAAACAGCAGAAGAAAAAAUAAAGAUGAACAGGUUCGACCGUGUUAGAGUCGUAACAGUGUAACAUUAGAGAAUGACGUGAGGCUAGAUAGCAUCUAACCAAAACGAAAAAAAACCAAAACAAAAAUCGCAGUAAUAAGUAAAACUGAAUGGAACUAAUUUUAACUCGCAUUACAUAGGUUACUAGUACUGACGGAACCAGUCAGGACAUACAUCGGUUUGCAAGCCAGAAUCCUUGAGUUAUUAGAACGCUAUUAGAACUUAUUGGCGGCUAGUAGGGCAAACAGAUUGAGCAAAGCUUUCGUCAAAUGACUACAUUUAGGCGUUUGCCUUUCCGUUUACCUUGUUUACUUUUACUCAUCGACAGCCGAUCUGUUUCAGUACCUCAAGCUAUUAAUAAGACAAGAUGCAAAAAGUUAAGCAGAAGAUUUAUAAUUGAAAACUUGCAGAAUAAACUAAAAGCGAAACUACAGAUGAAAACAAUAGACUAUAUUUUACAGAAUAACGCAAACAGGUUGGUUUGUUGAAUUUUGACAUUUCUACUUACAAUUCUGCGGCUUCUGUCCUAAACGCGAAGCAGAGAAAAGGAAACGGAAGCAAAAUGAAACCACAAAACAAUAGUUCCUCAACCAUACCACAUACACACAUAGUUACAAAUAUUGGUAUACAACUGGAUUACCUGCGAAUCAAAACCAGCAAACUUACAAUAGAAGCCAAAUAGGGGUUUUUGUUUCCAGCGCAAUAGACACUGUUUUGUGUUCGAAUGGUCGAUCCGGUGGGUGGGUUUGAGUCUGUUGUUCAUAAAUAGUGGAUGUUAAAAGUACAACCAAUAAUUUCCUAUUUUAUUAAAGCAGUUUUUAUUUAAUGAUUGUAAGAAAAUCAGCGUCAACAUAAAACAUAAACCGAAGCAAACUUACCGCAGGAAAAUAUUCUGAAAUUUAAAUUUCGAAUGGUUUCGAACAAACAAACUCGACAACGUAAAAAAAGAAUGGUGCAACGAAUGGUACGAGAAUUUGCGGUUUACGAGUUCUUGUUUGCGCAGGUAAGCAUUAAACUGCCCAGAAAAAUGAUGAAUUGUUGAAAACUCAAUCGGCCCAACCCUGAGUCGAUUCCUAAUCCCACCAGAAGUACUUGCACUAAAUUUGAAGCUAAUCGGACAAGUCUAACUACCGGACCAACGUGCCUGAAGUUUGUAUGGGAUUUUUCAACAGUUUACAUGGAGAAAACCCACGUAUUUUCGUUAGGUGGCACUGUAUGCAUUGUACUAUCACUAUAAGUGAAAUUAAGAAAGAUAUUUUAAUUGUCAACAACUUUGUCGAAGACUGUUAAUCAAUCCGGCUUUGUUAAAAGAAGUUAUUAAACAUUUAACGAAGUGAUGCGUGAGUCAGUUUUGCAUAGGGCCUAGCAGUGCAUGGAUGUGUAUCAGUACUCUAGUCCCGCGAUUGACUAGCAGUCUUCGACACAGUUGUAGCCAACUAAAUUAUUUAUCUUAUUUUCACUUACAGUGAUAAUACGAUGCAUACAGUGCCACCUAUCGGCGAAAAUACCAACUAGUGGUUCCAUGUAAAUUGAUGAAAAAUCCCAUACAAACUUCAAGCACGUUGGUCCGGUAGUUAGACUUGUCCGAUUAGCUUCAAAUUUGAUGCAGGUAUUAUUGGUGGGACUAGGAAUCGACUCAGGGGUGGGCCGAUAGGGGUCAUUUUUUCCUGUCACUCUAGUAAGCAUGGCUGUUGUAACAUCCAUAAAACAAUUCAAUCCAAACGAAACUUUCCCGCGCGCCUAGUAAACUUAAGUGUGAUGGCCGGAUCCGAAGUCCCUCUUAACAAGGUUCUAGCACGCGUCAAGACUGUUAGUGGUAGUGAACAGCUAUUAAAACGUGGUAUUGAUAACGUAGACGCUAUCAAUCGCCGCAGAAACUGUCACAUAUACGAGUACAGCGGCAGUUUUUUUUUUGACGCAUGCUAGGACCUUCCUAUAUAAGGACUUUGGGCUGGGCACAUGGACAGAUAUUUCCAUUCUCUGCAGGGAUGCCAGGUACUUUUGUGUCAUAUCUGCAGCGGAAUUUUAAAAAGUCUGUAAAUAUUUUGAAAUGCCUGCAAAACUGUGAAUGGAGAAAAUCGUACCCUAAUAGGGUAAUUUCGGGAGAGAUGUCGCGCUCUCUGUAUCUCGUGUAUGGGGUCACUUUUAUACGGUAAUAUGAUAUUGUGAGAUUGUCUUUCGAAGAAUUACAACACUGGAGAUGUAAAAUAAUCAUUAUUAACUCACGAAAAUUUUAUUAUUGAUUAUGUGCAUCCAGUUGCAUCACGAAGCAUCGAAAAAUUUUCAGUAUUACAUUAAAAUUUCGUUUUUUUCAAUUGUUCGAUUUUUAUUUGGCAAAUCAUGUAUCGGUUGAAUAUCUGGGGCCUUUUAGAAGGCAUUCUGAUCAUGAGUACAAUCAUCCAAAAUUUCAGAGAAAAAUGUCGUCGUGUGGCAUCUCUCCCCUACAAUUGGGAUAGAUUCCGCAUCAAAAUUGCGGGUGAGAUGCCGAUUCUGAUGAUUAAGUGUUUGUCCAACGAGCUUUCUGUCCUGUUGUUGUAGUGAAUUAUAACUCCUUGGUGUGGCAAAGUUUACCCUUGCACAAGUUCGUUUUGCCCUGCCCGUUUUUAAAAGUGUAAUUUAUAAUGAUGUUGAGACAUUGCAUAUUUUACAUGUUUUUGAACAUAUUGCAAAGCGUUACGAUUGCGAUUACAAGGGAAAAUGUUAGAUGAAUGAUAUUUAUUAAAUUCUCCCCCUCUCUAUAGCUAAGCUAUGAUCAUAUUUCCUUAAUGGGCGCGUUUCACCACAUCUAUUUUUAAAUAAUAAUAUAUUCUAAACUUAACCAAGCAGGUUUCUUAGAGUGGAAUUUCGCAAAAACUCUGCAGUACUAGAACAUUACUUUCAAUGGAGCUUUUCAUUUGUUGAGUUGCGAUAAUACGUAAAUGCACAUUGCGUCAUCUAGCCGCAUAUAAACUAAACCGGCCUUAAGGUGGAUGUAAAAAUCCCGCCAUGCAUAAACCUGUUAUACAAUUAAUCUGGUUAUACGAAUCGUUAUUGAACUGUGUUUAAACAUUCAUGAUACGUAAAACCUUUACCCAGUUUUCCCCGAGAACCGAAUAUUUUAUGUUUCCCCGGGUAAUGUACAAAAGCCAAAUAAACUCGUAAAUAAGCUUUACGAAGUAACUCGUAUCAAGUCUUAAACAGAAAGUCAUAACAUAAGCAUCCAUUAAGCCAACACCAUCUCCUUUACACAACGAAACAACCAGUGCUUAUCCAAUCGUCAGUCACACCCGCACUACCGCUUGCCAGAAGAAAACGAACCAAAAGUUCACACUUAAAUGUAUACACCGCAGUGCACUCUGGAACGCGCGCCGUGUUGAAUUUAUUUGUACACGCACCUGACGCCACAUAUAAUGUAAAGCGCAGCAGAGCGCGGCUCUCUCGCACCAAACCACCCCACCGCCAACCUCUUUAUUCAGCUUCAAACGAAAGAACUUUCUGCUUCUUCUGUGGUGUGGUGUGUCAUCGUUGUAUCUUCUGUGCAUGAAACUGACAUGCCAGUGCAUCAUUAGAAUGAAAUUCUAUCAGCGCCCGGCGGCAGUCAUGGUGGUGUAUUACCUACCACCGAAGAAUGCGAGCUGACUUGAAACGCAGAAGCUGCUACGCUUACAACGUCAGAAUACAAACUAUCGAUUCCCAGCAACGCUCGCUACUUGGUUGAAUUGUACCGACCAAUCAAGGAUCAGAUAAUUACUACUUUCAUAAAAUCCAUAAUUUCCGCUAUUUUUGGUAAUUGUACAUCCUAUAGAUUUGGAUACAAUUUUUUUGUACAUAUUUCCAAUCAGAUAGCGUAAUAAUCUUAUUUUUUCGUUCAGUACAACGGCAGAUAUUCACGUUUAAAAAAUCGGGUGAAAUGCCGGCAGAAAAUUUUGAAACGGGAGCCCUAUAUUGAAACGUUUGAAUUCUGCUUCAAAAGAGAUUCUGCGAAAUAGAAAAAUGAUAAAUAUUCAAUGAUUGUUUGAGCUACACCAAAACUUCUGUUGCUACUCAUAUGCUGCAAAACCUUUUAAUUAGCAAUUAUGAAUCUUGUAUCAAGUCUAUCCAUUGGUUUGCAUUUGCAUUUGAAUUAAGUUGUUUGUUUGUUUAUUUAGGGUUUACGAGAAAUUUCUGGUAUAUACGGGGGUCAGUUGGUAUAUGGUGGUUUGCGUCCGCGGGAAGCCUUUCCAACACCCGAUCCGGGAGUGGCAGAGGGCCCUCCAGUGGGAGGGUUGAGUCCAGGUAUCCUGGCCGGGAUGGCCGUUCCAGUGCGGGGCUGAGGGUUGUUCGGCUUUUAUGCCAUAUAUUGUUGUGCAGGCCCGUGAUUGGAGUGAACGUGGUGGGCACAGAGAACAGACGUCCAUCUUCAGCAUUCAACUUGUGUAAAAAUCGUUAACAUUUUUAAGGUAGUUGGUAUAUCUCCACCUGGUGCGUACUGUCGGCAUGUUUUUUUUUUAGUGGCUGAGUUCGACUGAAUUGACAGUGGUUAUACCUCUACCCAGUCAAACCAUUCCGGAACCGGUUCGGACUUCUGAGUGGAUUCAGUAUGUAUUCCAGCUCAAAUGCAUCAACCGAUUGAGUCAGAAUUGGUUAUUUUCUUUGAGCCAGAUUCCAUACUGAAUGCAUACAGGAUUUCGAACCGGUUCCGGAAUGGAUUUGACGGAUAGUUGGGAUAAGUUGGUGUAGCGCAGGAAGUACCAAGAAGAAAUCCGUGAAUAUUGUGGUUGCAGUAUCUUCUGGCUUACAUGGAAAAAACCCACUAGCUCGAAUUUUUGCCACUAGGUGGCACUGUAUGUAUCGUAUUAUUAAUGUAAGCGAAAAUAAGAAAGAUAAUAUCUACCUACAACUUUGUCGAAGACUGCUAGUCAAUCUGGCUUUGAUAAAAGAAGUUAUUAAACUUUUAACGAAGUGAUGUCUAAGCCAGUUUUGCACGGGGCCUAGGAGUGCAUGGUUAUGUAUCAGUACUCAAUUCGCACGAACUAAACAUUUUUGUGAAGUAAUCGGUUUAGUUCAAUGGUGGGUUCAGAAGAAUUAUAGUAAAUAAUGAGUCAUAUUUUGGUUAGAAUAUUUUAGUUCCACAUUUAACCGCAUAGAAGGCGCUAACACUAACUUUUCAACGGAAGGAGAUAGAAAUUAGGUGUCUUCCACAAAGUUGUAAACAAGACAUUUUGCAAUAAUUCUUCCGAACGUCUCGACAUACUUUAACUUUUUUUAAUCGAUUUAACAAAAGUGGCUUUAACCUUCCGGCAGUCGCGCUAGUGCAUUGAGUGCACGCUGUUCUGAAAAUCUAGCGAAAUCGUCUUAGGCCACCAGCGUCAAGCGCGUCAACCCUGGGGGGGCGUUGGAAUCUUGAUCUGCUAUAUAAAAUGAGUGAGGAUCUUUUACUAUAAAAUAAGUCAGUGCCAUUUCAGGUACACACUCAAUUAUUGUACGAAAGUCGAGCUGAAAUAGAAAACUGAUGUAAACACAGUGGCGGCGCUAACGGGAGAGGGGGCGAAUGGGGCAGCCGCCCCGAGCGGCAAAAAUUGGGAGCGGCAUACGCUGCUCAACAUAAUUUAAUUAUUUAUUAGAGAUUAUCAUUGUUCAUUAAUCGCGAUAAACGUUAGGCGCCUCUGUUAUUUCUCCUAAAAACUGUAGUCGAAUCAGCUGUAGUUACAGCUUCUGGUCUGGCCAAAAAUGCAUCAUUAUCGUUCACUAGUCUCGCUUUGUGUGGGCAGUGAACGUUGAUGAUACGGUAGUUGAAGAAACGGGCUUUUGCUCCUCACUACACACAUUCUCUCGCUGUUACUUGAUCAAGCGUGGGCGAAUCUUGUCCAGCACUAUAAAACCCAGCUCGAUGCUCAGAUAGAAUGUGGCUGCUCGAUGCCCGCUUUUGCACACCUUCUGUUCUGAAGUGUCGAGUUUACAGCUCGUCGUGCAGAAUUCGGUCGAUCCCCUGGAAGCCAAGCGACUUACAGUUCCAAAUUGCCAAUAGCACUAUUUUUUCGUAACAUGACUUAAUUGAUCCGAUCCGUACGCAAAGCUGUGUUUCCGGACGGCUUGUUACACCUGCACAAACCUCCUAUCUGGUCGGAGGCUUCUCAUUUCGCUACAGAAGGUGACGGUAGCCCACAUAUUAUCCGUUGUGUGUCCAACAUAAAGAAAACAGGCUGACAGGGUACCCGGGUACCCGAAAAUUCAAAUAUUUUUAGCUAUGUCAAUUUUUAAUCGAUUAAGAUCACUUUUGGAUGUUUUGAAUUCAGGAAUUCAUCCAUUUUUAGAAUCAGUGAAAUUGAACCCGGCGAAUGCAUCUGGUUCCCGCUAAUCCGGUUUCCCGGAAGGAUAUUCUAGUACUGAGAAACAAUUUGUAAAUUCUAAUAAAAUUCUAUAGGUAUCAAAAUUCUUGGAAUUGUCUCGGAAGGUUUUUUCUUAUUUUUACGGGAUUUUACAACGAUUUGACCUCGAAACGGUCACUCACGGCCUUGCAGGUACCUGCUUCGAAAAGAGAGUUGCAGGGUCAAUUAUAUUAUAAUACAGUAUUGGAAUUCCCAGUAUUGGAAUUCCCAGUAUUGGAAUUCGAAUAUCCGGGAACCAGAUGCAUUUUUACAGAUUCUAAAAGUGGUUGAGUUCCGGAAUUUAAAACAUCCUAAUGUGUCCAGAUUGGAUAAAAAAUGCACUAGUUAUGAGUAUUUCGGUUUUGCGGGUACCCGGCCGGCCUGUUACUGGGUUAAAGAAAUCCAAAAGCCCCCGAUCACUGUUUUUUCCCCCCAAAAGUUAUGUUUGAUAUUAUUCAAAGAUGUAACUAAGUUGCAGAUUUUCAAUUUGGGAAAGAGUACUGGAAUUUCAUGAAUUAAAAUCUGCAAAAGAGUAAGCUGUCGGACACAACACAAGUGCGAUCUUAUGAACAGAGUUGUAGCCUCACUUUACUCACCGUGAUUAAUACGUAAUGCUGAUACAAGGCUACUUGGUCAAGUUUGAAUGCGUUUUAUUCUGUUGAUUCCAAAUUGAUAAAAAACAAAGGGAGUUCCGCCCUUUUAAUUUGGUCCGGGCUUUUGUACUAUAUAUCCAUUUCUUUAUUGAAAGUUGAAUUCAAAAAAACCCAAUACAUUAUUUUUAGGUGCAAUAUAUGUUUUAUCGAGAAAAUGGCAAGAUUAUAAAGUGUUUAUGAAAAAUUUGCCAACAAAUGAAAUUCAUAGCGACGCUACCAAGUUUCAAAGAAUCUUAACAUCAAGUAAUGUUUUGAGCAAAUCUCAUUUCUGUUUAAUUAGUUUUCAUAAAACGAAUACAUUCAGUGUAAAAAAAAUAGAUAAAUUUCAAAGUAAUCCUUGUUGUUAACUAUUUUGUAACAAUUUUCAUCAACAUACGCGGAAAACUGCAUUGAUGAGAUAGUUUGGUUAGUCAGAAAUAUUUAAGAGGCGGCAAAUUUAAGUUUUUGCCCCGAGCGGCAAAAAGCCUAGCGCCGCCACUGUGUAAACAUUAAGGAUGCGCGAAGCUGAGACACUACCAAAGACCACGUCGCGGACUUGUCAGUUCCAUGCAGAUUUACUCAUAAUAAAGUUCUCAAAUGUAAUGUGGAUAAACGAACACAUAACGAACGUAUUUCAGUUACACGGCAAUAAAAAUUUCACCUGCAGAAACUUCAAAUUAAAAAUAGCGAAAAUUAUUGAAAAUUUUAUGGCUCGUUUUCUCAGCUUCAUACAAACACAAAUAGGAUAAAUAUGAGGUAAUGACCAGCUUUGAAAAACUGUGGCAAAGAUCAUGGAGUAAACUAAAUCAAUUACUAGACCGACGAGAAGAUAAUCCCAUGCCGUACCAUGAGAAUUGAAGUCGUUGCCGGUGUCUAACGUAGAACCAGUGCCAUUUCAGGUACACAUAAGACAGAGGACACUACACUGAGAAUCAAUUUGUUUGAAAUGUCACAUGAGAUUUUUGGUGUUCCUGGGAGCGCUGGAAACUAUUUUUUUGAUCUCAAACUUCUAAGACCAGGGACUGUUUGCUAAGGCUUUGUAUCAGAGUUUCAUCUAGCUGUUAUGUUUGACGCCAAGCCAAGAGAAAAUUUUAAGCCGUCUUUUUCAAGGAAUCCCAUCUGCUUGUGGGUUUCAGACGCAGAAAAAAAUAUCCACACAGGAGGACCGUCAGAGUGACCCUCUUCCUGUACCAAGAAAGCAUAAUCUUUUUAGUGUUUCUGCGAAAGAGUGCUUAGAGCGUAUUUUAAGCGGAUACUUUAAAUUUAUCAUAAUUUACCAUAUGAGCUCGGCCCAGAAUAGGCAUACUUUUUAGCAUACCUAAUGCAACAAAUGCAUGAGUCAUUCUUGCGAUUCUCCGCGCAAUUGUCACACAGCCAACCCCGUUCUUCAGUAGGUCCCUUGCAUAACAAACUCGAAUCGGUGGUCGCACCGUCGGUCUCAACUUGCUGUGCGGGCAAGUACACGCGGUAGUCUUUCAUAAAAGAUUGCCAAAUAUUCCGUCUAAGAAAAACUUACCAUGAAUUGUGUCUAUCUGAUUAACUGAAACUAACACAAAAUGGAGAAAUCUGUUCCCUAAAAUUAGAGCGGAUUACAUGAACGGUAUAAUCUGAAGUAUUCAACACAUUAGUAAAGUAUCAAAAAAUGAGCUUCCGAAAUUCAAAUUUUAAUGGAAUCCUAAGAGAGAUUCCAUCAGAAUUCUGAGAAAUAUUGGAAUCGAAAUUAAGAGAAGGACAUUGUGAGCCAUCCUUUUUGGCGUUUAUUUUGCACUCCUGUCGAAUAAAUGCCGUUGUUUAGUUGGCAGCUAGUUUCUCGCAUGAAUUUGACGCAUACACACGCAAAUCACAUUUUGAAUUUCUGUUUUGAUGUAUUAAACUGUAUUUAUCUUUGUUCGACCUGGCAUUUUUGGUGAAUUGUAUUUACUUUUGUUCGACCUGACAUUUUUGGUGAAUAUUGAGAUCGUACAUCGAGACCGGUUUGCUGAGCUUUUAGGGAAUUAUUAUACUAAAAUCCAAAGAAUUUUUUUUAAUAUUAGUUCUUUCA